AUGUCCGCCCUUGACCUUACUACCGGCUGCAGUCUCACCCUGGACAGAGUAGUGUGCGUUGGGAUCGCCCUUGUAGCACGCCUACUAUGCUCCUUCAUAUUCGCCGAUGGUGAAUUGAUCCUGGAAGGUCAGCACUCCGAGAUGCUUAUCCAUCUUUAUCGAAUCAUCGGAAAUGCUGAUGGUCUUCCAGAAGUUAGGCGAUUAGACUCGCUUGCUGUGAGGUUGUUCAUCGGUGAAGAGCAUAUCCAGAAGCACGCAAUCCCUGAGAAGGCCAGCAAAGUAGCAAGGAAGAUCGAAGAGGCUCUCCAGUCAACAAAAGCUCCUGGAUUUGAUGUCCUGAGUUUCAGCGACCUCAGAUAUCUAUGCAGCCGCGCGAUCAAACUCAAAAUGCAGCUCCUCGUCAGCCCCCUAGACUAUCACAUCCUUUUCUUCCCACCCGGGAUGCCAUUCGACAGAGGAUACAUGGAAGCCGAAGGCGUUGAUGGUACACCACUAUUGGCGUCGCAAUGCAAGACGAAGCAUGCCCAGUUGUGCCUCUAUCCUGCGGUUGCCCAGUUCUUUUCCCCUCCUUUUGACCAAGGUUCGAGUGUAACGGAAGCACUAAUAAUGAACAAGCGAUUCCUAGCAGACCCGGCCAGGAAUACUAUCGCUAAUGCACUCUCUGUUGUAUCCAAGGCUAUAGUUCUGGUUGAGUAG